CAUUGAACACGGACGUGGUGGGGUGUUUGUCUGAUAUUAUUAACACUAGCCGUACGUAACCUCAUCUGGACCGAAGAGCACAUACAUAAAGCGUAUACUCAAAAUGAAUAGAACAUUUGUAACACUGAGUUUUCUUGCCGCUUAUAUCAGCGUCUGGAAGCACAGCAGUGCCACUGCUUCAAGGAACCCGGCCUGUAGCCUGGUACCUGAUGUUGAAAACUGCACCAUAGUUCUUUUGCGAUGGAGCUUCUCGUCGGAGUUAAACGAGUGUAAACGAAAUUACGUCUGCCGUGAAAACCAAAAUAACUUUGUGACGAAAGACCUCUGCGAAGCUUCAUGCCCCCCAGUUCCAGGUGUCAAGCCCGUACCAAAACCAAAGGAUUGCCAUUAUUGGCUCGCAAAUGGCCAUGCAUGUUACACGUACUGGUUUACAUCUCUUCGUGAUUACUGGGGAAGGCAACAUCCUGUAAUGGUGUACACUGGGUGUGGGCAGUGGAGAAGGAAGAUUUAUGUGUACUACAUGGAGACCGGAAAAUGUACAGAAAUAAAAACAAGAGGUUAUGGCUCACGAGAGUAAAUGAAGAUAACUCUCCUAAUCUUCAUUUUGAUAGAAACAUAUUCCACGUGACUUGAUGAUCAUCUUACAAGAAAUAUAAUGUCGUACGAUGGACAUACGACGGGGAACCUUGGUCACAACCACGUUUCUGAAGGAUCAUAUUCACUAGCGCGUCAUCUUGUUUACCCAGAUAAAAAUGAAAAUAGUACAGUUUCGCUAGGCCCCAGGUCAUACAAAGCUUCCCAGUUAUCAUCGAAGUAAAUAUUGUAUUUCACAGCAAUGUGGGAGAAAGUAUUGAUACUGCGGUAGGUUGAGUUACAACUCAAUGUUUAGAAUGAGCAAAUUGUGAAUAUUUCGGCCUAUUGGAGGUACAUACUUCAGUUUUUUGGUCAUCAAAUUCAAGUAGCGAGUACGUCUCAAGGUUGAUCACAUUUAUUUGCAAAUUGGGCUUCUGUAAGCUGAGUUCCCGUUCUGCUUUGGAAGAUUACCUAAAACGUAACCGUUAUUACCAGAAAACUACUUAUUGGUAGUUUGGUAGAAAACUACUCUUCAAUUAAAUUUAGUACCUAAAACUAUAAACAAUUUUUUUUCUUGGAGGUAUGACAGAUAAAUACGCUGUGAGUAGAUUAUGACCUAGUUCAUAGCUUUGGCCUACUUCAUGCGACUUCAUGUGUUAUAGGAUGUCUUUAGACAGCACCACCAAGAUAAGAAUUAACAAUACCAGUAUUGAGCUAAUGCCUUUUAACCAUUAUUGUUCUCUGCAUAAUGCGUUUUGCACGUUACCAGACUCUUGAGACUAGUUGCUGAUCUAUAUAACAUGAAGAGAGUUAAGCAGGCUGCAAAAAGCGGCAGGAGUCUAAAUGCUGCGAAGGCCAACUUGUGCAUAAGCAGAAGUUGGAUGUAUGCUUUGAGAGACAAAAAAAAAAAGAAUGUCAAAACUCAUUAGGAUAGGAAAGUUAAAGUGGCGGAGGAGUUCUUUAAAGAGCUCUACAAAAGGCGAAACAACCAGUAGAUAUCGUAAGAUGCAAUAAAAGCCCAGAAGAACUCGACAUUCCACCAGUAACGAGAGGAGCAGUAAGGAAAGCCCUAAAAGGAAUGCGAAGAGGCAAGGCCACUGGCGAAAGUAAGGUACCAACAGAUCUGCUAAAAGAUGGCGGAAAAAUUGUGCUACAAAAAACUACACACUUUAUAUGAAAAGUGUCUCUGGACGGAUAGAGUACCAUUAUCUUGAAAUAAAGGCAACAUCAAAUUAAUUCAUUAGAGAUAGGACGUGAAAUACUUGAAAAGUUACAGAGCGAUCAUCUUACUACGAGUUCUAAGCAAACCAUUCAUCAAAAUGUUAGCUAGUACAAUUGGGGUGACAUUAGAGUUCAAUUAAAGAAAACACCAAACAGGAUUUCAUACAGGCUACGCUAAAAUAGACCAUUAUCACACAAAAAAUCUGGUAAUAAAAGAAUGCGCGGAA